UCACCUUGUUUUAUCAAGAUUACAUUAAUGCUGUCGGUAAGUUGUGGUAAAGCACUCUUUUCUGCUGAGCACUAUGCAAAACAAUGGAUUUGUUUUUGGCGACGAAGGCGAACCGAGGAAAAUUCCCCAGCAGGCAUCGAAUUCGGAUAUUAGACCUUUUCCCAUGGUCCCGGAGGUAUCGUUAGUCAUGGAUAAACCGCAACAAGUACGAAGACAAAUGGGUGAUUCUUUGACUGACAAAGUCCCAGAGUCAAGACAUUUCAAGCAUGACGUGUAUCAUCAAGAGGGUGAUUCUUAUGCAGCUUGGAAAGAAAAAAGGUAUCCUCAGCAAACAAAUGUGACAUCAAGCCCUAUUUACCAAAUGUACACUUCUACUCGCAAUGCCAGUGGCUUGCAAGAUAACUGUGGCUCCAGACAGGUAUUUAAACCAUACAAUGCAGUUGAGUUUGGACAUCAUAAUAGUAAUAACCAUCAUUUAGAUAAUCAGUCACAAAAUCGUUAUACAAAUCGUUCAGAAGCCAUUGAUAGUUCAAACAAAUACCCCUCAAACUAUUUAACAAAUAGAAAUGACAAUAAUCAUUGUGUAAAUAAUAAUCAUGCCAAGAGAUCUUCCAAUGAAGGUAACAGAGCUCAUUCACUUGAUUAUGGAUGGUCAGACGAAAAAAUUCCAACGGAUCGAAGAAGGUGGUCAGAUGAGCAGAGAAGUUGGUCUGAUGGAAGUAAACAAUACAAGCAACCUCAAGCUUUAGAGGCUUAUGACUUGAUAAACAAACUAAGACAGCAAAGAUCAUCUUUGUGUUCUAAUCCUAAUUCUAACAUUCAAAAAAGUACUCCUGUGGAAUACGAUUGUCGAUUGAAUUAUGGGCCAGUGCAACAAGCCCACAGCAGCCAAGAACACUGUCAUCAUCAAUCAGUAUGUUGUACAAUGAAUUAUCCGAAUCACAAUACCUCCACAGAAACGGAAACUGUGAGAAACUUGUUACAGGUCAUUACUAGUCAAAAUGAACAAAUCAGAAAUUUGCAAAAACAAUUUGACAGGAUGAUAAAAUUACACGAACAGAGUUUAAAAAAUAAAAAUCAGUGCACAUGUCAACCAUCAAAACAUUCUAAUGAGAUUCUUUACCAAAACUCUCAUUUGUAUGAUCAAUCAAGAAAUUCUAAUUUACCGAUUUCCCAUACUAACUUGUUAAAGGAAAAUGAAAAAUGCCUAUCUGAUCUAAAAUUACAAGAUGACAGAACUAAGAAGACUAUAUUAGAACAAAAGGUAUCCAUUGGAGUCAUGACAAGUUUUGAAUUAAAAGUUCAAAAUAAUCCUAGUAUGCCAUCUGAUUAUGAAAACAAACAAAAAGGUAGUCAAGAAAAAAUCAAACCAAGUAUAGAAACUUCAAAUAUGGUGAAAAAUCUUGUAAAUGAUACAGAAGAAAUGAUAAAGAAAAAGCAUAAUUUUUUCACUCCCACUCCACUUGAAAAUAUCAGUGAAGGUUCAGAAAGUCACAUGUCUUCGUUACGUCAGAGUCAUUUAUGUUCAGACUCUACAAGACAAUCAAUAGAAGCACGGGAUUCUGCUGAACCAGUAGGUACAAAGUAUCUUCAAAGAAAUUUUCGAAACCAAGAGAAUGUACAAGUUAAUUUGGAAUCGAAUAAACAUCAAAAUACACAUGAAGAAAUCGCCAGACGUAAGCCUGUCUCAGAAUAUGCUGAAAACAACGAGGCAAUGUUUGAAAAAAAUACUCGUGGCAUCCAAAGAACAACACCUUAUGAGUAUGAUUUUGAAUUCGAAAAUGUACGAUCCACACCAAAAGUAGAUCCACCAAGAGAUGAUGGCUCUGAUGAAUCCAACACUGAGCCCUUAAGCGAUAUCACCAAAAUGAAACACACCAAGGUUGACAAUUAUGUCGAUGAAUGUUUAAGUUUAAGUGAAAGUGAGUUGGAUGUUGAAGAUCCAAGUCCACCCAGUCCUGAACCUAGUAUUCAUUUAGAUAUGCAAGAAUUUUCCAGCGAAGGAGGCAGCUUACCACCUCAGCAAGCAACCAAAGUAGGAUGGACAUUGUAUAAUAAUGUUCUUGAUCAAGUUAAUCAAAUUUUGCAAAACUCUCCUGGGCAUGAGAAUCGAGACCGAGAAUCUCCAGAUGAUUACAGAGAUAAUGAAGAAAGAAACUGUGAUAACAAUUUCAUAAUUGAUACAGUAAAAGCUGCUACGUUAGAACAAUUAACAAAACUUGGAAUCAGUUUUUCAGAAAAUAUAGAUCAGAGAAAAACAAAUGGAAAUAAAAAGGUAAUGUUUGAUGCAUCAUAUUAUCCCAAGCAAGCACCACUAGAAGCCCAAAUAGCCACAAGUUCUAGUGUUGAAACAAACACCAGUAUGCAUAUGAAAGCCUUAGCAAGAAAGUACUUCAACGAAGAACCAUUAUCCGAAGCAGCAGUGCAAAAAACACAAACUGGAGCAUUAAUGCAAACGUCAAGUCUUCAGAACACAAAUAUGUCUUUUGCCACGAUGCAUUAUUUACAAAGAUACCACCUAUUGCCUGGUAACAAUUCCAACCCUGCUAAAGAAAUGGUGAAAGAUAAUUAUAAACCUAGCCCGAUAAUUACUGAAAAACCAGCAAUAAAGACUGCCGAAAGAAGAGAACCUAGUCCACGCCGACAUCGAGCACAUUCAGGUACAUCAAAAGUCAGUUUUCCGAGUAAAAUUUUAGAUAUAUCAACUUUAAAGCAACAGCCGAAAUUGUUGUAACAUAAAAGUUAUAAAAAAUACUUGUACGCUUGUAUA